GUAGGGACGUGAAAAUUUGUCACCUUUAUGUCACCUUAAUUCAAAAGUGUGACGAGAACAAACGUCCGAACAAUGUAGUUUUGUAAAUAAGCACGAAUAAGAGGACUUUAAGUUUGUACAUUCCAAUCGAUUGUUAAAUAGGAAGCUCGAUCAAUAAUUCGGAAUGAAAGAAGGAUUGAAUUGGAUCAUGUUUACAUGUUAACAAAAGGGAUUUUGCAAAGAAUGCUUAUUUCGUAUUGAAUUCGAAACUCGGGUUAUUUUAAACAUCUGCGUUUAUAAAUACGGAUGGUAUGUGUAAAACAUUGUUUUGUUCACUCGUUGGAUAUAUCUUCAUAAAGGUACGCCUAAAAUCAUGGAUUAACUCCUUUCACAGAACCUGAUAUACUGCUGCCACCCCUGUACCGAAAGAAGGAAGUUUAAACAGAAAACGACACAUGAAACAUAAAUUUUGUGUUCGAUAUUUUCCUUACAUGGUUUAAGUUCAUGUACUAAAAUAUUGAAAUAGCGAGGCAUAUCAACUAACAAAUAUAGGAUAAUAACCGGUAAGGCUUCUUUGUUUCGCAAUAAGCAGCGUUAUUGAUCACAGGCAAUAUUAAGUUAUACACAUGAAAUGGACAAAAGCGUGGCAAACCAAUGUUGAUGUGACGAACAUCCGGUGAUGCGUUAACCGCCGGACUAGAAACCAAUUGGAUUACGCAGGAACUGACAACAGACGGAAAGCCAUGGCCAGCAUAGAGGUUGAGCAAAGCUCAAUAGAGGUCGGCGGAUCCCGACAAUCAACGUUGAUUCCCGCCCCGCCGGCGUCGGCGUUUGGCGAUGACGACGAGGACUAUAGACGCGUUACCAAGCAACAACAUGACGCCGAAGUGGCGCGAGAAAAGCCGGGAAAACGCGAGUCGGGGACAAAGUUUGGCACUGCCACUCUCUCAAAGGCAUCAAAGGGAUUUGAAGAAAUGCAAGCCGUUCUGGAAAUGGAGCGCAAAAGCUCUAUUCUCAAUCCCGACGAUGAACAAAAUGGCGGCGAUGGUUCUUCGGAGAACUCCGCUGACCAAUCAACGGGCGACUCUGAUGAGUCUGCGUACUCGUCGAACGGAAGUUGGAAAACAUUUGCGCAAACGAAAUUCCAUGGCAAGACUUCACACAGCUAUUGCUGCGCACCUCUUCAACACCCGUUGCUGCCAAAACGCGACCGGGCUGAUCAUUUGGCCGCCCUAGCGUCAUGGGUGACCCUGCUGCGAAUCAUGGGCGACCUGCCAGAAACCGAAUAUGGGGAGUCGUUCACUAUAGCUGGGGACGAUCCAGUAGUGUUACAGGAAAUUCCAAUAGAAUUCACUCAGCAAACUAUCAACGUUGUUCAGCGCGUGCGAGACAACUUCCUCCGGAAGUACACGAAGAAAGACAUAGACGAUGCAUACAAAAAAUACUCCGAUCUGUUCCGGGACCCUGUGGCGAGCGAGGUGACCAGCGCACCUUUCCUGCAGGACAACAGGGAGUCCAUGCUGGAGAAGGUCCAAUAUAUCACAUCUAUGGGUAUCUACAAGGCCGACCUCAGGGACGAGAUUUACUGUCAGGUGUGCAAGCAGCUGACCAACAACCCUUCCCGGAACAGCUCCAUACGCGGCUGGGUGAUGCUCUACAUAUUCGCCGGAAGCUUCCUGCCGUCGGAACGGUUCGCCCCGGUGCUGCUUGCGAUGCUGCGUGACGGCCCCACGGAACAAGCCCAGCGCGUGGAGAGACAUCUAAGGCGGGCCUUCCGGACGGGAACCAGGGGACAGCCGCCCAGCUGGCUGGAAUUCCAGGCGGCCAAGAACGCCAAGCCGGUGUUACUUCCGGUGAUUCUGAUGAACUCUGCGCGUCUGCUGGUGGAGGCUGACUCCGCCACCACCGUUGGCGAGCUUUGUGCGCAGAUCAGUCACGUGAUCGGGCUGGAGGAUCGCAGCGGUUUCUCCAUCUACAUCACCCUUGGCUCCCGAAUCGCCUGCCUUGGUCACGGCAUGCACCGCAUAAUGGACGCCAUUUCUGAGUGCGAGACCCACACGCGCGAACAGGGAUUGCGCGAGAGCAGCAGCGCCUGGCGCCUCUACUUCCGGCGGGAGUUUUUCACUCCUUGGUACGAGCCCGGAAAUGACGUGACGGCAUCGGAACUCACGUAUCGCCAGAUCAUGAGAGGCGUGUCGGUGGGAGAGUAUAAGUGCGAUAAGGAGGAAGUUUUGGUACUCAUGGCCGCCCAGAAAUACUUCAUUGACAACGACGGUGACGUCGAUUCGACAAAGAUAGAAGAGUUCGUAAAAUCAUGGCUUCCGAAAGAACAUCUCUCCGCGCACGAGCCAUCGUAUUGGGUCGAAAAAGUCAAGAAAGAGAUUGAAAACGAUUUUCUUAAAGAGAAACCGAAUUUGGUCUCGCUCAAAUCAGAUAUUGUGACCUUUGCAAUGAACAAGUGGUAUAACCUGUUUUCGCGAUUUUACGACGUGGACAAAGUUGUCGGUCCAAGUGGUUCUUGGACGAAUGUGAUUAUUGGGAUUAACUGUAAGGGAUACAAUAUAAUGGACGAGCAGGAGAACGUGAAAGUGCAUUUGUCGUUUAUAGAGAUUACACGUAUAAGCAAAGGGAGGCACACGGUGUCGGUGACCACGGUGCAGGGUGACGAGUACACGGUGACCUCUAUCCAUACGGAGGACCUUUUUGACCUCCUGUCCACAUGUCAGACGGGCUUGAGGAGGAGGUCGAAGUACGGCAUCGUCGUGCACGACGCCUCGCAUUUCGAGAGUGCAAUAGGUUUCGGGCUCGUCAAGGGUGACCUGGUGCGGUUCGACCUCCCGUUCGAGGAGUUCGGUGAGGCCGACGUGUACCGGGGCAUCGUCAUGAGGAACGGCAAACACGGCAACAUACCCCGUGAUGUCAUCUACGUGCUGCCCACCACGGAGGAACCACCAGCUAAUGUCAUGGGAAUGUUGACUUUGCAACUGAAGAAAGAGUGGUCCAACGUGUCCUCAGCCCCAAGCAAAACGCCCGGAAUGGAAGGACACACCCUGCAGGCGUAUGCCAAAUUACACUUUAGGCAAGCCAGCGAGACCGCAGUGGGCAAGCUGCUCUCAAAGGCGUCCCUGAAACGGAAGGACAAGGAACACGCGUGGAAGUUUACGAAGGACGCCAUGAAGAAGCCGCUCCUAAGACGCACCGGACUCCGUGAGGACCUCCGUAGAGCCGCCGUCCGCAGUUUCAAUGCAAUUCAAAUGUACAUGGGCGACAUGGCGAAAAAAGAGCCAGUAACAGACUCGAUACUACUGAAUGAGAACAUUAUAGACGUUGCCAUGAGAAAUCGCUAUUUGCGAGACGAGAUCUUCUGUCAGGUCAUGAAACAGUUGACGGAGAAUCCGAACAAACUGAGCGAGGAGCGUGGCUGGCACGUGAUGUGGAUGCUGCUCACAUGCACAUUCCCGCAGUCGGAACUCCUCGACGAGCUAGAGAUGUUCCUGAGAACAAACCCCAAUGUGUUCGCCAAGAGAUGUCUCGAAAAGCUGCACAUGACCAAAAGGGAUGGCUGCCGGUACACGCCACCCCAUCAAAUGGAAUAUGACGCUCUGGCUAAUCGCCAUCCAGCUGUAGAGUAUCAAGUGCUCUUCCCGGACCAAUCAAAACAGAAAAUUGAAGUGGAUUCCAGUACGCGAAUGUGCGACGUUCACAGCAAAAUAGUAAAGAAAUUACAGCUGAAAAAUUCCGAGGAAUACGGACUAUUCUUUGGCCUUAAAGACAAAGACAGUGUUGGAAAGCUAUUGAACGUUGCCUAUUGGGACUACUUCUUCGACUAUCUGUCGCACAUUCAGCGAUAUUACAUGAAAUCCACAGGAUCACAUGAACAGACAGAAGCCAACAUGAUCCCUCCUGUCCUGAUAUUCAUGAAGAAACUAUGGAUGAACGCCAUUCCGGGACGAGACAAACUUGCAGAUAGCAAGUUUCAUUUCCCUCAGGAGGUGCCGAACUUCCUGCGCGGCUACCACGCGUGUUCAGACGCGGAAUGCGUCUCCCUGGGGGCGCUGUUGUUCAAGGCCAAGUAUGGAGACGAGAAACAACCCCUUGACCAUAUAGAGGAUGUGAUACCAACGCUUCUACCAAGAACAAUAAUUGAGGGCAAACCACCAUCAGAGUGGAAAAAGCUGCUGCAAGCCAACAUUGCGCAGUUAAAAUUUCCGACGAAAGAAGAUGCCAAAGUCGCCUUUUUGAAGAUGCUCAGUAAAUGGCAGACAUAUGGAUCUGUUUUCUUUGAAGUUCGGCAACGGAGCACCAAGACCUACCCGAAGGACCUCAUUGUUGCCGUGAAUCACAACGGGGUUGGGCUGGUGGACACUGCUUCAAAGGAGGUGCUGGUGAUGCAUAGCUUCGACAAAAUCCCCAACUGGGCGUUUGACGAGCAUUCCUUUACCCUGGUUAUUGGCGAGGGAUCCAGCACAUCGAAGAUCUACAUGGAAACCACCGUGGGUCACAACAUGGAUGACCUGAUAAUGUCCUACGUGGGCUACAUAAUGAAUACUCAGAUCAAGAAGAAACCUUCGUAUGCAGGCAUAGUGGUGGGCGAGUCCGUCUGCUAGGCCUCUUUGCCAGGAAGGCGGUGGAUUAUUGAUGCCACAACCACCAGUACUCAGCAUCCAUCUAAUCCUGAGCCUGGAUGUUUCUGAGCAGCGCCGAUGGUUGCUUGGUUGACGACCGGAUUGUAUUAUGCCGCGGUAGUGACCACUUUACAGGCUGAGAAACAAACUAAAACCACUUACAAUAUUUAAGUAAUGAUAGGUGUCCAACCGCUAAAAAUGUUGAAAAGACGUUACUAAUAUAAAUGGCAACUUUGUUUACAGCCGUUGAAUCAUGUGCGCUACUUUAUGUACGUUUUUAUCAUUUGUCGGAAACAUGACGAGAAAUAAGGUUACACAUUAAUCAAACUGUAUUGUUUGUUGUUAAAAGCAAAAACAAUAUCGUCUCGUGUAUUAACAAUAUGGUAGAAUCAUUAAUAUGCAAUGUGCCGUUUGUUUAAAGGUAUAUUCAUUGCCAGAGUGUUCAGCUCUAUAUCAAAAGCCCCAAAUCCGUAGGAUCCAUCACCAUCUGUGUACACGAUUUCUCAUCCUUUGGAUACACGUUAUUUGCAAACUGGUCACUGUUUUACAUUCAAUGAUUCAUUUAUAUGAUCUGUUCUUUUAAAUUGAGUGUUGAAACUUGUCGAAAAUAAAUGAAGCUUAAGAAAAGAAAACUUGUCUUUCAAGUUUUUAAAAAUUGCAAGUAUUUAUUUAACAUGUGUGUUAUAUACAAAAACCCUUGCUUAUGUUAAGCUCUAUUUGCGAAACGAUCAUUGAACAUGGGCAAUGAUUGAGCAUUUUGCUUAGGAAGAUAUUAUAAAUAGCUGUAUAACACAAAUGUGGGACAAUAUUUUUUAAUUGUUUAAUUAAUAUUUGCAUUACUCUCAUAGUAAAUGUUUUGCGAUAUGCUUAUAUAUUAUCAAAAUUUGUCAUCAUAUAUAUCUCUAGUUUAAUCAGUGUUUCUUUAAGUAUUUAUACUUUUGAUGAAACGCAAUUGUGUUUUUUUAUUUUAUAUUACUUAUUUUGUAUAAUUAUUUAUUGAGAAAUGUCUUUAAUUAAUGUGUAUAUAAAAGUAACCAACCAUAAGUCGUGCAUUUUCAAAAUGAACCCCCGAUGAGCAAACUAAGGAUUAUUUCGGUUUCCCCCGGUUAAAGCCGCAACGCGCAGGACAACAACCUCCCUUUGAUUAAACUAAUGACUUCAUUUGAUAUAACUGCGUUUUUCUGGAAAAUGGUGCCAUUUUCCUUUGUUUGUUUUUAAAGUAAAUAUCACAAGCUCAGAGCAAAUAAUUGGAUGAAUAUAAUACCAGGUAAGUGUUAAAUUUUUUUUCUCGGCGAAAACAUGAACCGCUCGCUGAGUAUUCUCUCUACAUGUUUAUUUAUGUGGCUUCCAUUUUAUUAUCAUAGUAUUUUUUUGUUUUUCCAACAUAUCAAUCACCAUGUAUA